AUGAGUAAAGAAGAUAUCUUGAAUAUCAAUAAGAGUCAAUAUAAAUCAUGGAUCAACAAAGUCGAGAACCUGAACGAUGAAAUUUCGGGAUUAUGCAUAAAUUUGGUGGAGAUAAUAGAAGACAAUUUGUUAAAAGAUCAUAAAUUGAUAGCUCAUCUACUUAGCGGAUUGUCAGAUGAGGUGAGAAGUAUUAUCUUGGAUGGUUUAAGGAAGAAAUAUCAGUCAAAUCAUGUCAAGUUGUCAUUCAUAGAGACCUUGGUAGAUUCAAGUAACGUCAUAACGCAGAAUAUUAUCAUUGACACUUUUGAAAAGAUCAUUCAAGGUGAUCAUUCUGAUGAUGAGAAGGUACAAAUGGUUUUGAAUUAUUCACGUAAACUUUGUGAUUUACAGACAGUCAACAAAUCAGCAAUAUCACUCAAUACUGAUUGGUUCAAUGAGUUACUUGAUAUUAUACCCGAACAAUCUUUUGCCGUAUUUUAUUCCACUCUUGUGAAUCUCAAUAUCAAAACCAAGCAUCCUAAAUAUAAGACCAUCAUUGAAAAAUUGUCCAAGGGGAGUAACUCCGAUAAAUUUGUAUUACGUUCAGGAAUAAUGGACCCUACGUGGGGAGAUACUAACAAGGAAAUCAAAGGAUUCACUAAACAAAGAAUACUUCAUUAUUUCAGUUUUGACAAAUUGAUCUCUUUCUACCAGGAAGCGUAUAAGAGAAAUGAUUUGGCCGAUUGUAACUUAUAUCUUGAAUUAUCGGUGAAGAAGUUCGAGAUGGAAUGUGAUAAGUAUGAACUUGAAGGAUCAAAUAAAGAAUACAUUGGUAAACAUUUUGAGGAUAUCAUAAAAUAUUCAAUGAUGCAUUUGAUGAUGUUCAAAAACCCCCAUGAAUGUUUAAGAAUCCUUAAAUAUUUAAACGAUAAUCAAAUCCCUUUGAAAUUCAAGUUCUUGAACACUUUAAUCAAAAGUUUAAGGCAACGAGGAUACUAUAAAGAAGCUAUAUUGGUUAUUAAUAAUAUCAAGUUGGAUAAUUUGGAUGCCGAUAGUAGGAGUAAUAUAGUCAGUGAAAUAUUUCAAAUAACUAAUAAAGUUUAUGGUAACAAAUUUGAAAUAAUUCUUGGUUAUGCCAUCAAAAUGUUUAAAUUGAAGAAUAAUGACAGUAUUGAACCAAUGUUGAGGGAAUUAGGUUUACUUCAAGGAUCAGUUGAUUUGGCCAAUGUUGAUGGAAGAUUAUCAGGACUUUAUCUCACCCAAGACCAUUUAUAUGAAAUUUAUAGAUCGUUCUUCAUCAACAAUAAAGGGUUGAAAUAUUAUAAAGUACUUGAAAUGUUUGAAAAAUAUUUACAUCAUUUACAACACAGUCCUAUGAAAGUGGAUCAAGUCAACGACAAAAUCCUUACAUUAUUUCUUAAUUAUCUCAACAAGACCAAUCCUUAUGAUAAUAAGUUCAUUUUGUUUCAAAAUUCCAAUAACUUCGAAGUCAGUCAAAAGAUAGCCUAUGACUUCCUAGACACUUUCCCUCAAGCAUUUGUUAAACCUUACCUUUUUGAAAUCCUCAUAAAUCAAGCAUUAUCAUAUAAUAAUUUCAAUCUUGCAGCUGAAUUGAUCAAGAGAAGUCGAGCUUUAAAUUUACCUUUCACCUUCUUUCAAAUUUAUCCCUUCAUAAAGUACCACUAUCAACAGGGACAAAUCAGUAAUGCCAAGAUUUGGUAUGAUUUGAUGAUUGACCAUAAAGUUAAAGCAACUAACAUCAAACUGAAUGAAAUUUUCAAGAUAGCCAAAGAGUUGGGAUGGGAUAAUAAUAAUUAUAAGAACCAACAAGUAUAUAAGACAAGAGCUAAAAAGCGUAUGAAGGAAAACUUCAAAAAUGAUGGACUCAAAUUUAUAAAAGCCAGUAAGAUCCCUGGAUCAUCAUUUGAAGAGAAAUUAUCUCAUUUAUUAAAGCAUAUAGAGUAA